GAGUUGAGAUAUGAGUGGUAUAAAGACACAGACAGUGUAAUGUUACAGACGUCUGGUCGUUACACUGUAAACAGAGACACUCUCACUAUCAGAGGAGUAAUUACAUCUGAUCAGGGUCAGUACUGGUGUAAAGGAGGGAGAGACGGAGGAACAAUCUCAUCACAAUCAAGAUCUGUUUCUCUCUCUGUGAAGGAUAAACCGAAGCCGACUCUGACUGUAAAACCCCAGAGUUCAGUGUUCACUGGAGACACAGUUACUCUGAGCUGUGAUGUGGGACAGUUAACUGGAUGGACAAUUCAUUGGAGAAAAGACUCAAACCCUGAAUCCACGACUGAUGCAACUAAAACAAUCAAGUCUGUGAGAGACUCUGAUGAAGGAGAAUACAGAUGCAGAGCACAACGAGGAAACUACUACAGCGAGUUCAGUAAUACAGUUAAGAUUACAGUAACAGUGAGACCCAAACCUGUAGUUGGUGUUGAUCCUGAUAGACGUGUGUUCAGAGGAGAGACGGUCACUCUCACAUGUGACAUACAGCAGACAGGAGUCUGGCAGUACAGCUGGUAUAAAGACAACAAACAAGAUUAUAUCAUAGGACGAGACCAGAACUAUAAAAUCCCAUCUGUGGAUCCGUCUCAUCGUGGUGUGUACAGCUGUAGAGGAACUCAGACACAAGCAGCAACACACACACAGAUGAGUGACGGAGUUACACUGACAGUAUUAGAUAAACCGAAGCCGACUCUGACUGUAAAACCCCAGAGUUCAGUGUUCACUGGAGACACAGUUACUCUGAGCUGUGAUGUGGGACAGUUAACUGGAUGGACAAUUCACUGGAGAAAAGACUCAAACCCUGAAUCCACGACUGAUGCAACUAAAACAAUCAAGUCUGUGAGAUACUCUGAUGAAGGAGAAUACAGGUGCAGAGCACAACGAGGAAACUACUACAGCGAGUUCAGUAAUACAGUUAAGAUUACAGUAACAGUGAGACCCAAACCUGUAGUUGGUGUUGAUCCUGAUAGACGUGUGUUCAGAGGAGAGACAAUGGUAUAA